ACACGUCAUACACAUUUCACAGUCCCUGGCUAACAGGAAGUCCUGGUGCCGGUGUGCAUUAAGGGAAACCUUGGCUUUGGUGUUACAGAUGUCACACAUCCUCCGCCCCCUCCCUUCCUGGACUCUUGCUUGGGAAUCAAGAUAAGUAGAAGGCCUGAAGAUAAGAGACGAAAGAAAAAGGAAAUCAGAAACUGAUGGAAGGUGACUCCUGAACUGGGCAAGUGAAUGAGAUGUGUCCAUCCCCUCCUCUCCGUCCUGAAUCUGCUUUGCCUGAGCCCUUUUCAAGCUUUGACCUCCCACAGACUCCCAGAGAGCACAAACUGUGAAAUGCUAAGGACCUUCACAAGAUACCUCACUCCUUUUCAAACAGAGUUCACCCGGGGCAGAUAUGGCCCUGCAACUACAUUUCCCAGAGAUCCUUGGGUUAGCUUUAACCAGGCAGAGGGGCCGGAUCAACUUGGACAGCCAAUGAAAGCACUUCCUCUGCAGACUUUGGAGUGUUUCUGCUUCCUGGUGUUUCUGCCUACGGUCCUAGUAACUGGGGAACCAUGGACAUUGAAGCAUACUUUGAAAGGAUUGGUUAUCAGAACUCCAGGAACAAACUGGACUUGCAAACAUUAACUGAAAUCCUUCAGCACCAGAUACGAGCUAUUCCCUUUGAGAACUUGAACAUCCAUUGUGGGGAAUCCAUGGAACUGAGCUUAGAGACCAUCUUUGAUCAAAUUGUGCGGAAGAAGAGGGGUGGGUGGUGUCUCCAGGUUAAUCAUCUCCUGUACUGGGCUCUGACCAAAAUGGGCUUUGAAACCACAAUGUUGGGAGGGUAUGUCUUUAACACUCCAGCUAAUAAGUACAGCAGUGGUAUGAUUCACCUUCUAGUACAGGUGACCAUCAGUGAUAGGAACUACAUUGUUGAUGCUGGGUUUGGACGUUCCCUCCAAAUGUGGGAGCCUCUUGAAUUAGUAUCAGGAAAGGACCAUCCUCAAGUUCCUGCCAUCUUCCGUUUGACAGAAGAGAAUGAAACCUGGUACUUGGACCAAAUCAGAAGAGAACAGUAUGUUCCAAAUCAAGCAUUUGUUAACUCGGACCUCCUUGAGAAGAACAAAUAUAGAAAGAUCUAUUCUUUUACUCUUGAACCCCGUACUAUUGAGGACUUUGAGUCUAUGAAUACCUACCUUCAGACAUCGCCAGCAUCUGUAUUUACAAGCAAAUCAUUUUGUUCUUUGCAGACCCCAGAAGGGGUUCACUGUUUAGUGGGCUGCACCCUCACCUAUAGGUGAUUCAGUUACAAGGACAAUGUAGAUCUUGUAGAGUUCAAGAGUCUGAAGGAGGAAGAAAUAGAAGAUGUGCUGAAAACUAUAUUUGGCAUUUCUUUAGAGAAAAAACUUGUGCCCAAACAUGGUGAUAGAUUUUUUACCAUUUAGAAUAAGCAGCAGUAGAAGUUUUCAGUGUCCCUCCAUGUACCUGGAUUUUUAAUGAUAAAUUUUCAAACAGAUUUACAGUGCAUGUAAUCACAUGAGCCUUUUUGCAUUCAUUCCGCAGCUGACUAGUUAUUGGUAAAUAAUAAUUUCUUGUCUCCUCUCUACCCCUAUAUUUUCAUUAGCAGUAAUCACACCUUGGAUAAACCUCAUUGGCUACAAUACUGCCACUGUGCAAAACUCCCUCCUAUGUUUUAAUAGGAAAAAAUCCUAGAUAUUUCAUCCAUAAAAUAUCAGCACUUUUGGUGACAUGGCUUUGGAAUGCAGCAUAGCUGGAAAUCAGCAGUUCGAAGAGCAUAUGGUGGCCAUGCUCAUGUGGGCUAGGAAAUACCCAACACUGGCUUACUGCUAAAUUCACACAGAAUUUGUGCUAAUAGUUGAACAAAAGAAAUAGUGGGAAAAGCACUAUUCAACCAUUAAAUUCAACCAGCGUGUAUCCAGCAUCUAAUUUUUAUGAGAUAUUUAUUACCUGCAUAACUUAGUAUUUGGAUGCAGCAAAGAAGAGGGAGGUAGCAUUGGUUUCAAAUUAACUCUGUAGUCUUCAAUGUAUGGCUUAUACCAACACCAUAUGUGCGAUGAGGACCCAAGAGAAGGGAGAAGCAAGCACAGCUAAUCGUUACUUUCCGUGUUGUUUUUGUAUACAGUUCUUUUUAUACUAUUUUUCCUACUGUGGGAACAAACACCAAUAUUUACAAAUUUUAAAAAUGUAUGUCUAAAAUGAUUAAUACAAACAAUAAAAUAUAUCUCCAAAACA